AUGACUCCUCCAAGAAAUCCCGGGCGGAAGCGACGUGGUCGAGGCCCUGCCCGGUUCAGCCGCAGAAAGAACACAGGCCUAUGCAUCCUGUCCGAUUCGGGAUCCGUCACCAACGUCACUCUCCGUCAACCCUCCGUCACCCCCGGCGCCACCGUCACUUUCCAUGGCCGCUUUGAUGUCCUCUCCCUCCCCGCCACGCUCCUCCUCCACGACUCGCCGGCAAUCGCGGUCUCCGCCUUCGCCGUCUGGCUCGCCGACGGUGGCGGUGGCGUAGGUGACGGCGAUGGUGGAGGCGGAGCCGAGGGCGGUGACGGCGGUUAUGAGGAGAAUGAUGGAGAGGGAGAAGAGAGAGUGAAGGUUGGUGUCAUUGGUGGGAUGGUGAAGGUUUCUUCUUCUUCUUCAUUGAGAGGGAAAAUUGUUACGAAAGAAAGGAACUACCGAGAGAAAAUCUCGUAA